GUUCCUUGCCAAGCGGCCGGUUGGAAACACUGCAGCCUAACUGAAAAGGGCUUGAUCUUGAUGGGUGCCGUAGACUCUAGGGAGCUUGGAAGGGAUGCAAAGGAAACGGUUAGGUUAUUGCUGGAAUCAGGGCUAGCAAGACCAUUUCUCAGAAGUUAGGAGCCGCUAAGGGUUCGUGGGCUGUCCCAGUCCUCCAAAGUGAGCUAGAGCGGCGUCUCUAUGCUCAAGGAGAUAUAGAGCGGGCCUCUCUCUCCCGCCUGGUGAGUCUGCGCACCAGCAGCAGCACCGGAAAGAUGGCGGAGGAAGGGGAAAGAAAAAAGAUCCCUUUGGUUCCAGAGAAUCUCCUAAAGAAGCGGAAGGCUUAUCAGGCCCUGAAAGCCACCCAGGCCAAACAGGCACUUUUGGCAAAGAGAGAGAGGAAAGGGAAAGAAUUCAGGUUUAAGCGACUGGAAUCAUUUGUACAUGAUUCCUGGCGGCAGCAACGUGACAUAGUGCGUGUCCAGCGACUGGAAGUGAAGCCUCGAGCUUUGGAAGUGCCUGAUAAGCAUUCCUUGGCCUUCGUUAUACGCCUGGAAAGGAUUGAAGGAGUGAGUUUGUUGGUAAAGAAGACCCUUGCGAAACUUCACCUGAAGAAAUUGUUCAGUGGCGUCUUUGUCAAUGUCACCCCUCAGACUGUAAAGAUGCUGCGCACAGUGGAGCCUUAUGUGGCAUGGGGAUUUCCAAAUUUGAAGUCUGUCCGGGAACUCAUCUUGAAACGUGGACAAGCAAAGGUUAAGAAUAAGACUGUCCCUCUGACGGACAACACAGUAAUUGAGGAGCACCUGGGGAGAUUUGGUGUCAUUUGCCUGGAAGACCUCAUCCAUGAAAUUGCCUUCCCGGGGAAGCACUUCCGACAGAUCUCGUCAUUCUUGUGCCCUUUCCUCCUCUCUGUGGCCCGGCAUGCUACCAAGAAUAGAGUGGGAUUCCUCAAGGAGAUGGGCUCCCCCGGCUACCGCGGGGAACGCAUCAAUCAGCUCAUCCGGCAGCUGAACUAGACCAGGACCAGGAUUCCCAAAAGCACAGCGCAUUGCAAGUGUUUUUGUUGUUUAAAACUAUCACGUGUCUUCAGAGAAGAUUAUUUUCUGCCUUCAAAAACUGAAGGAAGGGGCCAGAGGAAAGAAAGGCAAGAGGAUCUGAGCAUCGCAGACAGCCCAGCGCAGCCA